AUGAGUCCUAUAAUGUUACACAUCAUUAAUAUGCUCAAAUCUGCAUCAGCAUCAUCAGAAGAAAUAAAUAGUGAAAGCAUCAAGGAUAUUUUUGCAGAACUUGAAAUUUGUGAAGAUGAAGAUGAUAUGCAUAAAAAGAUAGAUCUAUAUAAGCCUAUACAAACAUCUGGAGUUUUGGAGAAGGUCAAGGGAACACUAUACCAAGCGAUAACUGCACCUCUUAAAUAUAAGCAUUCUAUUUUAUCAAUUGAUACACAAAAUUUUUCCCAAGAAUUGAAAGAUAAAUCUAAAUCUGAAGAAUCUGAAUUCGAAAAUUUUAAUAUAAUGUAUAAUGCCAAAGUUCAAGAUAAUGUUAAUAAGAAGAAAGGAAAGAUUAGUGAUAAAAGCAGAAUAGAGAUUAAAAAUGCUUAUAUGAAGAUGAAGAAGGAUGCAAUGUGGAAAUUGUUAAGUGGGAAAUUUGUGAAAGAAGAGUUAUAUAAUCUUGGAAAAAAACUAGAAUUCGAACACUCUGUUCAUUUCUUUAUAAUCAAUACAGAGAAUGAAAUAAUCAAACAACAUUUCAGAGAAUAUGAGUUAAAAGAGAUAGAUAAUAAGCAUGUUCCAAAGCCUCCAGAUCUUUCACAGGAUGAUAAGGAAUUACGUUCUAAGCUUCAAACUAUAAGAAUAAUGCAUUCAGAAUUAAUGAUGAUGGUUGUGUAUAUGAACAAUCUACAUGGAUAUGUGUGUAGAAUCUGGCAUAAGGAUAUAAUAGAGGUUCUGGAUAAUGAGGAAAAUUUUUCAGCAUUAUUGGUUAUUUUUGUUGCAAUAUUGAAUGCUAAGAUAAUUGUGUGA